CAGAAUUCUAAUUGAGUAGAAAAUGAGGAUUGAAGUACUCCCCCCUCCUCAAGGUUUAGAGAAUAUGUACAACAAGAUUUUUACAGAUGAGCUAAAAGAUUUUCUUUACUCUUUGAUUACGCGGUUUAGUGAAGACGUGAAUCAGCUGUUUCUUGAAAGAGAGCAAAGACGACUUGAACUGAGAAGAACCGGAACACUCCCGGAUUUUUCCAGUUCCAGCAUUACAGAAGACAAGACGUGGAGAAUAAGCCCUUUGUCUGAACGUCUUCUAUGUCGGAAUAUUGACCUUGGUGACGUGAGUCCAUCCGAUACUGAGAGAUUUCAGAGUAGCCUUCUUCAGGCAGUUGAUGGAGUGCAGGUUGACUUUGAUGAUGGCCAUUGUCCAACCUGGAGAAAUCAAAUUCAGGGCUGGUGCAACAUCUAUGCACAGGUGAAUGGUAUAUCUGGAGGCCCUGAUCUGGAAACUGGUCCAAUUAUGAUGCUCAGACCUAGAGCUUGGAAUAUGACAGAGCAUAAUAUUUUUGUCUGUGGUCAAGUUGUUCCUGGACCUCUUGUAGACUUUGGAAUAUUAAUGUUCCAUUGUGGCCAGAAGCUGGCUGCCAAGGGAGCGGGGCCUUUCUUCUAUCUCAGUAAGCUUGAAGACGCUAAGGAAGCUGCGCUUUGGAACAGAAUUUUUCUGUACACUCAGGAAAGUUUGGGACUAGUUACGGGAACAAUUAAAGCAUGUGUUCUUAUUGAAAAUAUACUAGCAGCUUUCCAACUUGAUCAUAUUCUUUGGGAACUCAGGUAA